AUGGAGGACGACGUUGACAUGUCCCUCGACCUUGACGCGGGGAUUAACGUGGCGCCGGCGAGGCCAAAGUCCAAGUUCCAGCCCAAGCUCAAGGGCAAGCUGCUACCCAAACCCGAGCCAGUGGCCGAAGCCGCCCAUCUCCCUCCAUUCCCUCCGGUGAAGCAGGAGGACGCCGUCGGGGUGGAGAAGGCCGAGACAUUGGACUUGGGGGGGGAGCACGCAGGUGCCGACGUCAUGGGGUUUUUGAAGGAGGAAGAAGAGGAGUUCGUCGUGGGGAUGGCGGCGCCCAUGGAGGUCGACGGGGUUGGAAACGAUGAAGAAGGCGAGGUGGUUCGGGAGAUUGACGUAUUCUUCAACCCUUCUCCCUUGGACUCGGACACACAGGUACGGAGCUUUGGUUUCUCAAUGCAUUGCAUUCUUCUAUUUCUUGCUUUUUCAUGCCUUUUGUGUAAUCCUGUGAGCGUCUGUGGGGCCUGCCGGAGUUUGAGGAGGCAUCAUGGUCAUGAUCAUCGUGCAACUCCAUUUUAGAAAGAAAUAGCCCAUAGAUUUUAGAGGGGAGCGAGAGGGAAAGAAAUAGCCCAAAGCUGAUGAACAGAGUAACACUGGGUGAGGAACAAACGCUGGUUUAUUUCUCCUAGUUGUGCAUAUGAGAACAUGCGUAAAGUCCUGAAGCUUUAUGUCGGGAAAUCAAUUGUUGGUGGUAGGCUAUGGAAUUUUAUUGGACCUGAUUGAGAUGGGUUGAGAAGGGUUGAGAAGGGUUUAUGAGAUGAAGGGAGGUGUUGCUUAAUGACUACUUGUUGAUCUCAGGCUUUCAAUAAUAAUGACAUGACCAACAAUAUGCAUAUGAAGGUCGUAUAGCUGACACUGAGGCACUUGUCUGUUGACAAAGAAAGAAGAACAGUUUAAGGACUACACCUUGUAGCUGAUAUCAAUGUGAUCUGACCUGCUGAGCGAGUGGUGACAUUCAAGUACUUGGAUAUGAAAGCUUAACUUAUAAUCAGCUUCUUUUGGAUUUCUAUGCAAAUUGUGGACUAUAUAGAUGAUAAGCCUGAUAUGACAUAUGUACAUUAUCUCAAGAUAAUUUGUCUUUUCCAUGCCUGUAUUUCCUUCUGUAUGUUUAGUGUUUUUGGAAGACAGCUUAGCUUCUUGAUUGACCAUUCUUUUCUUCUCAUCGGAUUGUAAUUUUCAUUGCAGCUCUAUGUGAUGCAAUACCCUCUCAGGCCAUGUUGGCGCCCAUAUGAAUUGAAUGAAAGAUGUCAAGAGGUAUACCACUAUUAUUUUAAUGCUUUUGUGAACAGCUCCGGAUUGUUGCUUUCUUUACUUGGAAGUUGAAAUCUUUUAGUCAGAAUUUUUAUUCUCUUCGUCCUGUUGUCUAAGCAGGUUAGAAUGAAACCUAAGCAGUCAAAGAUCGAAUUUGAUAUGGCCAUGGAUGUUGACAGUGAAAAUUAUGACGGUGAGGUUGAGGAGCACCUAAGGUUAAGGAAGCAGGUUAGUGACAACUUCUCUACGUCCUUGUUGUAGCGUUUAGUAUACAUCUAUGGUAGUUCAUAGUAAAAUCGUUUUGAUCUGUCUUGUGUUUAUUGUUGAAUUAUUUAAUGUAGCCUGGCAUUGUACAUUUGCAUGUAAAUGUUCUAUCGUAUAAAUUCUCGUGUAUAUUUUUGAAAUUUCGGUAAAAUCACCUAUUCAGCGAUCUGCACACACUUACAUUGGUUUUCAUGCUUUUGUACCAUUUUCUGUCCUUAAUUUAUGCCAAAAUUCUGUUUUUAUAUUUUUUUCUUGGUUCCUAUUUUGCAUUUGUUUUAGAUUUGGGAGUAUCGCACCAUUUAUGUCCGUUCAGCUAUGCCAGAUAUGCUAUUUAUUCUAUUUUUUUUCUUCCAGGUACUGUCUUCUUCAAAGAUACCGUAUGUAACUGGAUAUGCUGUUGGGAUACUUGUGGGAAACCAGGUAAUUAUUUUGUUUAUACUGUUGCCUCUGUGCAUGCUAACGUGCUGAUAAAAGGUAGAUUUGGAAUCAAAAUUAAAUGUAGUGCGUAUUUAUGAUAAGAUUCCGUCUUUAAUGAGAAGUUGGUGGUUUUGACUUUCAAGAAAAUUUGGUAUGCUAAUGAGAGCCUAGUAUGUUGCCUGAGUGGUGUUAUCUCGUUUACAUAUAGGGUGCCUGGACAGGCACCAAAAAGUGAGAAGUUGAAUUAUUUACCUACAACUUGGUUCAGAUAUAAAGUGAAAUCAAUCGAAAUCAGAUCCUUGAUAAGUCGCAUGAACAGAAUCAAUCGGGUUUGCUUAAACAAUUCAACGGUAGCAGGAAGUCUGAUAAAUAGGGAAGGAAAGAUUUUAUAAGGAGGCUUGUAUGAAGACUUUUGCUACAAGUACCAGCCUGAUGCCUGAGUUACCCCCACUGCUGGUAAUGGCUUUCAUUCCCUUCCUCAUAAUGAGCAGCCUAAUAUAUAUUACAAUUGCCUUGACAACGUGGUAGGUGGAAGAUGUUUAUAAAUGUGGGUAGUGUGAAGUUUUCGGAUUAUAUUAAGACUGGAUUAGUUGGAGGUUUUGAUGUUACAAACGGCAAGCAACAAAUCACAAUGUAUUGAACCCCAUUUUAUUAAUGGGUUUGAGAAGGAACAUUGGCGAGUCAGUCUCUUUUUUUUGUGGCCAUGUGGGUCAUAGUGAUCUCUUUCUUAAGCUUCAAAGUUGAGAAUCUGCUAUCAUGUUGAAUGAGGAUAGGGAGCCUACUGAUAAUUGAACUUGAGGGGCAAAGGCAUUUGACACUCCCCUAUCACUCUAUGUUGUAAAGUUCUCCAUCUCUGUAAAAUUUCAGUUAAUCAAGUCAGGGGGCCUGUGCACUGUUGCUAUUGAUGCUGUUUCAGUGUGAAAUGGAGCAUUGCUGUUCUUAUACAGGUGACAGAUAGAAGUAAAAGUUCUCUUCCAAGUGCUACUUAGAUGGCUAGGAGCUUUGUGCUGUUGGCCUUUUCAUAUAUUUCAUAACUACGGAGGGAUUUGGUUUUCUCCUUUAUUAUCAGGGAUUGGUUCGUCAAAAUUUACAGAUAACCCAAACUGAGAAGGUUCCUGGUUCCAUUACAGCUAAAAGUCCUUUGUUUGUCUAAGAACAUGCAUGUUAGCUAGGCAACUGACAUCUUCAGGCUGAGUAAUCCCCUAACUUUAAGACGAUUCUCCGCAAAAUAUGAGCCAAAAAGUGUCAUUCUCAUUCAAAUUUGGAUGGAAAAUCAUAAAAAAGUAUCGAAUUAGUACUCUUUUUACAAUUUUCAAAUUAAAGAAAGCUACAAAGUACUAUUUUCUCUAUUGGUAUUCCCAUUGUCAACUGAGCCCACUCCGACCUCCCUCUGCCUAUUACCAAUUUCGUAAAGGCGAAUCUUUCAGGAACUUUUGACUCUGAUAAACUUUUAGUUUCAGCUAGUCCAACUCUUUGAUAUAUUUCUUGCUGAAGAAAUAUUCCUAAUUUUGGUGAAUAAACUUGGGUGUAUGGGAAGCUUAACUAUCAAUAUUACCCGUAUGGAUCCCAUUAAUAUAUUGUCUCCAAACUGUAAUUUUGUUCCUUUCUUCCCAAGUUUUGGUCUGAAAUUCUUUUCCUCCGUUUUUUUCUGAACUUAAUGUUUACUUUGAUUGAUUGUCUUUUCCAAACUGUAAUGUAAUUUUUUUUCUUUUUCUAAUCUACUUCAAGAGCAUGGUGUUUCCGUAUUUCCUGUGUUGAUUGAUAAGAAAGGAAAGUGAUCUUCCUCCUAUGCACAGUAGUUGUUAAUAACCCUUUGUAUUUUUACUUGAAAUCUUUAUUUAUAUUUUCUUUCAACUGGGUUACGUGGUUCCAAAUUCAUUGCCUAGGCUAUUUUACUGAGUCACACUUUUUGCUGGAACAAGUUAUUCCAUUGAUUUGUAUUCUUGGAUACCUUAACUGUCUCAAAUGAAUUUGGAUACUGAGAAAACCUGAAGUAAUAUUGUAAUGUUUUAACAUUUUUUGGUUGUUUCCGCUUUCAGGGGAAAAAGACGUCCUAGAAAAUAACUCCUGCUGUAAAUUUUGUUGCAUUUGAUAUCAAUUUUCGUUACCGAUCUCUGAGAAUUAUAAGACCUUUUUCUGCUCUAUGUUGCAGUUACACUUGAAUCCUGUUCAUGCAGUUAUGCAGUUUCGCCCGCUAAUGUCUCAUAUAGAUCCCAGUGGGUUACAAAAGAGGAAGCACAUUUCUCAGAGAACAGGAGUUGCCACUAGUGAUGAUGAAGAGGUACAAGAAUCUGCUAAGCCAUCAACUAGCCGGGUAAGACUUGGCUGAAGAUGAAGGGGAUGCUGCAUUUAUCUUUUUUUUUUCCCAUUGGUUUGUUGAUUCCGUCCUAAUAAUGGAUGUGGAACUAGUUUCUUCUUGUUUAGGAUUUAGGUCACUAAACCUAUCCUAUCAAGUCAAGUAAUUCGACUAACAAAAUAUUUUUUUCAUGGAAGGUGUCAGAAUCAACGUUUCUUUUUCUGAGAGAUCCCUGCCAUUGAACAUGAUUGAAUUGUCUUUGGGCAAUGCCAUGUUAACCAUAGUGCUUAGGAUUAGCUGUACCCAAUCUAAACGGUAGAGGAAUCGGAGAUCCCUUGAUCUGCCAAUUUUUGGUUUUCGUUUGUCACUAAUUCACAUUCUUCUUGAUGAAUCUGCCAGAAACAUGACCUGUCAACAUUGUGGUUGAUAGCAAAAUUUCUGGAACUAUACUGUGCCUUCUCUAUUGCAGAUUAUUUGGCGAACGUUUUAUUAUCAGUGAAUUAUGAAAUAGCGAUGCAUAUUAUAUUUCGUUUCUGGUGCAAGUUAUUCUGUGGUUACAAUAGACAUACCUUAUUCUUCCCUUAUAUUGUCGUCUGUAUGUAGGGGAAGACAGCUCUGGAGUCUACAACUGAGAACGGUGAUGAUUCAGAGGUGAGUUGGGCUUUUAAUUAGACAGAAGGGAUACACUGGUGAUUGACUUCUGCAAAGUUGUUUCUGGGGCUAGAAUACUAUCUGCUUUCAUUUACUUGGCUUCAGAAUGAUGAAACUUCAAAUGAGUCGAAGAUGUUUCCUUCAUUUGAAUACCAGUUUUAUUCUGAUGCUAUUAAUUUUUUAAAGUUCAUGUGACUAGUCCUGUGUCUCUUUAAAGCUGUCCUUUCAUCACAUCUUAUGCCUCAAGAUUUCUGUUGAGAUGAUUAGUUGUGGGAUACUAUUUUCUUUUUUUGUUCUUAGCUGAAUGUGAAGUUACUCAAUCACACGAGAUGGUGUCUAAGAAUCUUGCACCAUAUGUUAAUGUUAUCGUAUAAGUUAAUGUUUUUAAAGCAUGACCAGAUAGUAUACCUGUUCGGAUCACGUUUGGUUACUGAUUUUAUUUUUCCGAUUCCUUGAAAAUUUGGCUGAAUCUCAUGGUACAUGUUACCUUUUUCAAGUAUCUAGUAUCUGUUUUCUUCAUGUCUCUAAAGCUGUGCCUUGCUCAUAUUUUUUGCAAUUUCUUUUCUUAUAGGAAUGGGUGUCACUUAAAUACCAUGCUGCUGAUAGUCCUAUUUCAAGCAGAUACCAAAGAAAAAUGCUGUCUGAAGCGGGUGAUCAUAUACCAUUCUUGAUGAACUCGUAUGCUUUUCUCUUCCUGAGUGACAAUUGAUGGCAGUUUCUAUAUAGGCUUCCUCAUUUAACUUUAUUUUAAUCACCAUGCUAGUUUGUGAUGGAUUCUUAAUUGUUUUCCAAAGGUCUGAUUAUCUUAACUGCUUGUGCCCGGGGACAUCAGCUGGUAAUGACAAGAUCAGAGGUCUUUCUAGAAGGUUAGACAAUAAUCCUUUUUCCAAAUAACAAUUAUCUAAAUGAUGUAUCUUACGCAUGUUCACACAGAUUUCAAUCUUUGUUAAGAUACUCUUACCAUAAUCACUUUGCUAGCCCAGCUGAGCAUGACUGCCCGGAUUUGUGUAAGCAGCAAACCUUAAUACUGUAGGUUUGCGUACAAAUUCUACAUUUAAGAGGCUAUCGAUAUGAAUAAUGUCUUCUAAAAGUGAUAUAUAUCAUUUUCUUCUAGGUUGUCAUGCAAGGCAUGAGAAUACCUACCAAGAGUUUUUCAGUAGGUUGAGAUGAGGAUAUAUGGCAAAACAUGAGAUGAUUUGAUUCAAUUAUUUUUUGCUACUUAGUUCCAUAUUCAUCAUACCAGUUGAUGAGACCUUCUUAUAUUUUCUAGAACGAUUUCCAAAUUAAUCAUCGCACUUGUCAACUAAUGAUGGUCACACUUGGAAAUCCACUUUGUUUUUUUUCCAGUUUAGGUUUAUCUUUUCACAUGGUACCUACGGAAUAAAUUUUCAUAUUAGAAAUUAAUUUUACGUAUUAGAAAUUAUUGUUGAAACCAGUCCUUACCACCUCUGUUUUUCUCUUUUUUUCUGAGCCAAUAGUGUAUCUCAAUUGACUCAUCCAAUAGUUCGUUGACCAUUCCACGAUUGAUUCACAGAGAACUUGUUUAUAUUGGGACUGUUCCCUUAAUGAUGAAGCAAAAUAAGAAAUCGCAAUGUAAACCUUACCCAAGCAUUCCAUUAUAAUCUGGCUCAGCAGUGAAAGAAUCACGUUCCUUUUCUCAUUUCAUCUCUUUUGACAAGGAUUUUGUCUCAUCUGAUAUUUUCUUCUUCAGUGAGUAACCUGAUAUAUAUAUUUUUUUGCUUGCGGUGACUAUUCAUGAAAUUCUGAAACUUGAAUGCCUUGUGUAUCUCUACAGGAUAAUGUUGACAAUCCCAUUGGAUGAGCGCCUGAAAAAGUUAUUUCUGGAGGUCUAUCCUCGCUCUUGUACUGUGUCAUGGGAUUAUUUUUAUUUAACUUUGGGCUGUUUUAAUGCGCAUCAUUUCAUUCGUAAUAAAUACAGGGAAACAUGUGUCUAUUAGCUCCAAAUUUGAAUAGAAAAAAAUGGGGUUCAGAAGAGUAAGAGGAAACUAUUUUUAUAUCUACCAGAAAAUGACUGACAUUAUUUUUUUGAUCAGUAAAAAUAAAAAAAAUGGAAGAACUUUUUUUAAUGGUAAAUUUUUUUUAUCUCAAUCAUUUCUCAAUAAAAAGAAGAAAAAUAAGAAAACAGAGGGUUCAAUUUUAAUUUUUUUCAUUGGAAUGAAAUCUUCUUAAUCUAACAGUUUAUCAACUAGCCAAAUGAAAAGUUGAAGUAAACAUUUGUACCGUUGGGUGUUCUUAGCAAGUGAUUAUUGAGUUACAAUUCUUACCUUAUUUCUCCUUUCUGGGGCUUGUAGGGAGGCCAAGUACACCGAUUUGAUGCUCUCAUGCAUCUUGCUCCUUCCGAGUCACCAGAUGCUGCUCUGAGGAUCAUCCAGCAAUAUGCAGUUCUGGUGCAAGGUCUGUGGAUUGCAAAAACCUCAUUGUUACUUGACGGUCGUCAAGCUCUCGUUAGGGAUUACAUACUAUUUCUGUUCACAAAGAAGAAUACGAUACCCAUAAGCAAGGUGAAGGAGAUAAACCUUUCCAUGGAGGAUAUGAAGCCCAUCCUGAGCUCGUUGGCUUUCGAAAGAUCUAUCUGCAAUGAUUGGAAAUUCAAAGAGCCAACUGAUCUAUCCUUCAUCAAGCGUUUCCCAGACAUUGUGAAUAUUCAAGAAAGCUUCUGGUCUCGUCGGCAAGAGCAGAUAAUGAAUGCUUCGCCGGGAAUUCUAAAGAGCCCAGUGUUGAUGGCUAAGUGCUCCACGAAGCAAGGUUUGGGUGUCAAGUCAGCUGGCUCUGGGAGUGUUGACCAGAGUUUGAAAAGAGCAAAUGAGACCACGGCGAGCUCUGGGAUGUCAACGUUGUCGGAUGAAAUCCGUGAAGCUCUUCCAAAAGCUCUUAAUGAACUAUUCAGGAAUCACAGAGUCUGCAGGUAAUGCUUAUUCAUUUUUUCUUCGAAAAUCAUUUGUAUGAAUUAUAUAUUAAAGACCCAUGUUCGGUCAUGCUUUAUACUAAAAAAAUGAAUUACAAAUGCAAUGGAUUACUGAUGAUUGGACAUGAAAACUGUGUAGAGAAUAUGGAUCUUGGAGAAGGGAAAAAUCCUAGCUGGUAAUAUGCUUCAGUUAUGGAGUUAUUAUUUAUUCGAAAAUUGAUCUGCUUAAAAUUUGAUUAAUGUGCCAAUUUCAAGUUUUAUAAUUUUAGUCAUGUGUUUUAUUCUUUAAAAAAAAUCACAUAUUUGUGUUUUUUUCAUGUUAGACGUCAAAUCAAGCAGAGAGGAGGGAGAUGUAGAUGGAAUGGGUAGUUGAGAAAACUAUACUACGUUGACUCUACAAGGAUAAUUCAUUCGAGAAAGAAAUCUUACAGAAGCUAAAGAGGAUGAGAUAUACCCAGUAUAGAAACAUCCAUGAUCUUCCCUGUUCGGAACACCAAAUGUACUAAGGAUGGGAGAAUCGCCAAUAACGGAUAAAGCAAGAAGCUAGAGCCUUAUACGCAGGAAAAACACCAAAAAAAGGAACUAGAGGAGUUUAUCAAAUUACGAUACGGGUUGACCUAUGUUUGUGAGGAUAUCUCUCAGGAUGAUCCACUCUAUACAGGGGAAGUAACUAAGUAUUUCCUCUUCAGUGAAGAGCUUUGAGGGUCAUCGAUGUGAAGACUAGGCACCACCUAGGUAGUCCAAUGAAUGUGGUAAAUCUAAGUUUAUAAAAUGAUGAUAUGAGUUGACCUAAGUUUGUGAGGAUAUCUCUCAGGAUGAUCCACUCUAUAAUGGGGAAGUAAGUCUAUGUUUAAGGAAAUGGUGAGAUAAACUUGUUUUGUAACAAAAUAUUCAUCUUCACUGAAGAGCUUUGAGGAUCAACGAUGUGAAGACUAGGCACCACCUAUGUAAUCUAGUGAAUGUGGUACAUCUAAGUUUAUAAAAUGAUGAUAGAUGUUGACCUAUGUUUGUGAGAAUAUCUCUCAGGAUGAUUCAUACUAUGAAGGGGAAGUGAAUCUAUGUUUAAGGAAGUGGUGAGAUAAACUUGUUUUGUAACAAAAUAUUUCCUCUUCAGUGAAGAGCUUUGAGGAUCAUCGAUGUGAAGACUAGCCACCACCUAUGUAGUCUAAUGAAUGUGGUACAUCUGAGUUUAUAAAAUGAUGAUAGAUGUUGACCUAAGUUUGUGAGUUUAUGAAAUUAUGGUAGACUACCCACAACCUAAGUAUUAGAUGUAAACAUCAGAUUUAAAUUAUCUAAUGAAUGUGGUAAAAAUCUAUCGACCUGGGCUGAGGAAUAAUGUGGUGGAUCAAGGACAGAACCUCUUGACUAGAAGAGAUCGAUUGGUAGCCUUGUUGAAUGGCUGCUUUCCUACAGCUCCCAAUCCAAACUUGUCCCAGAGAAUGCUGCUGAAAGGAAGAUUGGGAAGAGGUGCUGUCUGGAUCUGGUGGAUCUCGGAUCAGCUGGGUCAGCUUCUUAUCCACACUUGAAUCAUAUCAGCCAGACUGGCCAAAAAGUCAACGCCCGAAGAUGUAUAUCCAUAUAGAACCAGUAUUUUUGGCAUCUGCGAGGUGUCUACCCAAAACAGCAGGAUUUUCAAAGGAGAAGAUUUUUUUUUUUUAGAAUCUUCCCCCUCGAUCGUUGCGCCAUUGAGGAAAUUCGGUGAACUAUAUGCUAUUUAUAACUAUAUACUAUGAAUGGGUUGCCUUGUCUUUCUUUUUCAUGCUCUCUGAAUGAAUAUAUCUUGGGAUUGGAACCAUAACAUGGCCUUGCUAUGCUUUUUUUCCUAAAAGCAUGAACCAGAUCCGUCAGGGGCUGCGAGAGAUGGCAGUUUCAAAGUCAACACUACCUAAAGCAGAUCCCAGACCCUUUGUUCUUGCUGCUCAUGGUGCCUCUGCGCCUGCGCCUGAGCUCGAAUCAAUUAUAUGCCGGGUUGCAGAAAAAAUCCAUGAUGUGUUCGUUCCAAAGUCCAGUAGCAACCCGGCACUCAAUCCGUUGAGGUGAUUCAUGAUACCAUCUCCUCUCUCUCUCUCUCUCUCUCUCUCUCUCUCUACUGCGGAAGUACAUCAAUCAUGGGCAUUUUCUCACUCUUUUUCUUUGCACUCGAUCAAUUGGGGUAAUUCAUGAGAUCAUCUCCUCUCUCUCUCUACUACUGCUGAAAAGUACAUCAUGGGCAUUUUCUCACUCGUUUUCUUUGCACUCAAAUCCAUUGAGAUGAUUUCGUGAUGUCGUCACCUCUCUCUCUCUCUCUCUCUACUGCGGAAGUACAUCAAUGAUGGGCAUUUUCUCACUAUUAUAUUUUUUUCCUUUGCAGGAAUGUUGUCAUCACUCUUUUGCGGGGAAGGCCGCGCACUGAGAAGUUAAAGAAGGGAGAGAUCGUUGCUGCAGUUGAGAUGGCUCUCAAGAAGCAGUUUUCUGCUUCCGACUUUAAUCAGGUUAGUCUCACUUGCUACGAUGUCAACCCCAUCAACAACUAGAAAUUCUGUAGAUUCCUCUCUGCUUCCUACCCGGUAAUUCAAAAAAAAAAAAAAAAAAAAUUAUUUUCAGAAAAUAUAAUUUUAUUCUUACAAACAAAACAGCAUCUUGGUAGAGCUGCCUGCGCAGAAUGGACGGGCGUGGACCAUUUUACCUCCUUUUUUCUGUGAUAGAUAAUUUUUAAGUUCCAUCCGGAUUUUCCCAAUCACUGUUCUAGAAAAUCGGAUUCUGAUCCUUUUUUUUUUUUUCUUUUUUUUUCUUUUUUUGUGGGUAGGGGGGCAUUCGAUUAAUUGUGUGGUGUACAAAGAACGGGAUUGAAAGAGAAUCAUCUAGCAGAAUCUUUGCAUGCUAAUGUGUCAAUUUUACCCAUUACCACGAUUAGAAAUGUAACUCCUUUCCACGCUCUUUGGAUUUUUACUUCUUUUGUUUUCUUCGACUAGCCAUAUUAUUCCUAUUAUUAUUAUUAUUAUUAUUAUUAUUGUCAAUAUCAUUUAAUAUUUUUUUUUGCUAAAAGCAGCACUUAUAGAAUGGUUGACUGCUCUUAUAGGAUUAGAGAAUCCGGGGCCUGGUCCAUUUUUUUUUUUUUUUUGUUGCGAUUUUUUGGAUGUAUGCAUGCGAUUAAUAGUGCUCAAAGAAGUAUUAGUAACACCCAAUUUUGCCCGCUUCUCACUGCCAUAAAUAUAUCCAUCAGAAUCUCAGCUUUCUUUUGCCAAAUUUACCCAUCACCACAACUGGAAAUCUAAUCCCUUCCCACGCUCUUUGGAUUUAUUGCACAUGCUUAUUUAAGUAUCCGUACUGUUCAUAUUCAUAGUAUUAUUAUUAUUAUCUCAAUAUUAUCGAAUAUAUUUUUUGUAAAAGCAGCACCGAAGGUUUGGCGUGGACUACCUUCAUAGGAUUGAACUGAAUGCAUGCAUAUGAUUUUAUUGAAGACACUGAAGAGAUAAAUGAUCUAAUUUAUGGUUUGAUUGAUUGAUUCCUGGUGUUGAAUCCUAUGCGCUUCCUAUUGUGCCAAAUUUUUACCCAUUACCACAGUUGGAAAUCUAAUCAUGGUUUAGACCCUCAAGAGACACAAAUGAUCCAUGGUUUGAUUGAUUGAUUGAUUGAUUGAUUGAUUCCAGGUGUUGAGCGAGCUCUGCGUGUCGAACAGAGGAGCUGGAUGGCUAUUAAAGAGCGGGGACGACAUGCCCAAGUGA